AUGGCCUCAAAACCGCACCAAUAUCCUCUGGUCAAGCUACCACACCCUUAUCUAACUGCCUAUCGUGUGGACACUGUUGCUGGUUCGACACCGACCCAGCGCAACUUGACACUUGAUGAGCAACCUGCAAAGGGUCGGCCCUUGCCUGAGCCGUUACACUCAGCAUCGCUCUCAUGGCAUGACUUGACUUCCAUUCCCAAAGCUGAGCAGCCGCCCAUCUCAGAUAACACUCCCUGGGCUCGUGCGCGUCGCAGUCCCCAAACAGUCUUCCAAUGGACGGGGGACAGCGCCCCUUCUCUGGGCCAAAUUUGGAAUGUGGUCCACACCAUUUACCUCGGACACCCAACAAUAGAAUAUUUCAGACUUACUCUGUCCGGCGCAGCGCAGGAAGUCAUUCACGAUGAGCUUCUGACCACGGGGUUGGCAAUCAAGCACCCGCGGAACCUGCGCGACAGAGAUAACAAGGCUCUGCAAUUCGAUGAUUUGCUGAUUCUCCGAAGUGCUUUCUGGCAAGGCGCUGCUUCUCCAUUGGGUCCCCGUCCCAUCUGGGUGGUGGGAGACGGCACAGAUGGCCCCGUGCGGAAACCUUUGUCGCAAUACCCCAUCAUGCCAGAAAACUACCAAAUCACCAACAAGUUCCCAGAGGAACCAGUAUAUACCCGGCACCCGACGCGCCGCCCCAAGCCUCACCCAGGAUCCAUCGCCUACAGCCGUUACAUCCCAGAGAUCAAUGAGCACUUCUCGCUCGAAGUUGUCGAUUGGCAAAACCCGGAGCAUGUCCAGCUAUUCAACAAGUGGCAAAAUGACCCGCGCGUUGCUGCUGGCUGGAAUGAAACUGGAACUAUCGAACAACACACCGAGUAUUUGCGCAAACUUCACUUUGAUCCCCAUGUCCUGUGCUUGUUUGGACGCUUCGACGAUAACCGCUUCUCAUACUAUGAGUUGUACUGGUCAAAGGAGGAUCACUACGGUGCCCACUACAACGCUGGAGACUACGAUCGCGGCCGUCACUCACUCGUGGGCGAGUCCAAUUUCCGCGGAGCUAAGCGCGUGAAUGCCUGGUAUUCCAGCUGCAUUCACUACGUCUUCUUGGAUGAUCCCCGGACCGCCAAUGCCGUCGGCGAGCCCAAGGCCACCGGCGCGACCAUCUUGUCCUAUGAAAAUGCGCAAGGACUCACCAUCGGAAGUUAUGUCGAUCUUGGACACAAGCGAUCGGUUCACUCAAUUUGCAGUCGCGAAAAGUGGUUCCAACUGUGUCCGAUUUUCUGGGACGGGCGCGAGCGGCCUUUGGAAUCUGCUGAUCGUGCCGCGUGGAAUGCCAAGCUGUAA